AUGGGGUUUUGGCUGGGCACCCUCAUAUUCGCCCUCCUGGAGCUGCUGGGCUUUGGCAUCGUGCAGGCAUCUGGGGCUAGACAUGGAAACAAACUGUUGAAGCACACACUCGUGGGCACGACGGUGGCGUGCUGCUGGAUGAUGUGGGGCAUCGUGUACAUCGCCCAGCUCCACCCGCUCAUGAGGCCUACCCUCCAGGGCUGA